AUGUCUGAAGAAGACUCUAUUCCCCAGGUUGUCAUCGCUAAACCUAAACACCCAAAGUAUACCGAAAUGGUGGAAGAGGCAGUCAAAUAUUUCAACGAGAAGGGAGGCUCUUCUCGACAAGCCAUAACCAAGUACAUCAAAGGAAAGUAUCUGGUCGGUGAGACCGCUAACAAUCAGAUUAAACUCGCGCUGGUCAAAAGUGUCGGUAAAGGACGCCUCGUGCAAACGAAGGGAGCUGGAGCUUCGGGCUCGUUUAAACUUUCAAAGGAAGUGAAAGAAGAGGAGAAGAAAGAAGAGAAGAGACGACUAAAGAAGGAAAAGAAAGCUUUGAAAGAGAAGGAGAACGCUGAACGGGAUAUUGACAACAACAACAAGAAGAAGGCGAGUAAAGUUAAGAAAACCAGUAAGAAACAACCGAAGGAUGUUGACGGCGAAGACAAAGAGAACGAAGAGAAAGGGCGACCAAAGAAAAAGUCCUCAAAUAAAACCAAGGAAAGUACAAGUAAAAAGAAACGUGAGGGUUCUAAGGACACCGCAGUGGAAAAGAAGUCGAAGCCUAAAGUCAAAAAGUCUACGGUCGCAGAAAGUAGUGAAGGAAUUAAGAAAGCAAAGAGGACCAAGAAACCUGCAGCAAAGCCAAGUGCGAGUAAGAUAUCUUCCACGGGCAAAAAAACCAGCGAAAAAGGGAAGGACAAAACAAAAGUUCUGAAGUCUAAGAGCACCACGAAAGCGAAACCCAAAAGCAAAAAACAAAUAUGCAAGGAAGAUUAAGAGUAAGUUUAUUUCUAAAAACAAUAAUUUUGCAUUUAAACUGUAAAUAGCUGUACAUAAUUCGGUCUCUUCAGUUUCCAAAUCCUUUACUCGUGCAUUCCUCAAAUUCUUGUUAAAUUGUGAAGACCAUGUGAACGGCUUUUUGAAUUUUAUGUCCGACUCGCGCCAGCAGCCUUCAGUCUGUUUAAAAACGCUACAGUAGUAAUUAUGUUUAUUUUUGUAUUUUUAACUUUUCAGACAAAUAUCAACUGUAUUAUUUUGAGCUGUACAGGCGCCGAGUGUUCUGUAGAAUAAAUUUUUGUUUUUAUUUUGAGAGUUGAACGAGUUCUUAUUUUUGUGGGCUAAAUUUGUUUUCAGUUUUAUUCUCCUAAUCCAAAGUUUUUGUCAAGAUUUCAGCAUAACCCCAUACUUUAUUAUGCAUACAGUUCUUGGAUGAAGGAAACAAUGGCAAAAAAAAGAUUACCUUAGGGGCAACGGCUUUCUUUUCGAAUUGUAUGAGGUUACACGUAAAUCUUUCCUCGAUCUUUUUAAAGACAAGAUGAAUUGAUUGGAUUUUAACAACUGAGGCGAGUUUGGCCACCAUAAAGAAUUCUAAAACUGACGUUCCGAGUGUUGGCCCUUUGGAAACUCAUUUCAGUGGCUAAUUUUACAUUAUAAACUCGGUAGAUAAAGCCAAAUGAAUUUUUCCACCGACGUUGAAACACAGUUCCUCUGAAAACUUACUUCCCUUCAUUCAUUUUUAUAGACAAUGCGUUGAUCCGGAUAAAAUUUAGGAUUUAUUAUUGUCUAGAUAAAUGUCGCAAUACCAACAUCAACCUGUCGUACUCCCACAUACAAAGGCUAUUAUUUUCAGUGAGAAUUUUUCCAGGCUGACGGCUUGUCGAAGUUAUGUGACGUCAGAGUUCAGAGACAAAUUUAAAAACGGAUGUAGUUUUUUUUUUGAUUGAGAUGGACAAAAUUCAAACUGUCCCUCUCGGCUGAAAAGAAAACCACGAGAAUAUUUAGCCAUUGAUUUUUUAUUUUAAAGCUUGCAUCGGGAGAAACGUUGAACAACAUUGAAUAACGGAAUGAUCGAAUUAAGUGCGACAGAAAGAAUGACGUAUACGUCAUAAUCUUAAUUAGCAUCUAAAGCAGCAAAUUUAAGCUUGAUAUGACGGGAGCCUUAACUGCUUUUGCAAAAACACAAAGCACAUAAAUUUAACCAGGAGUAUCGCUGCAAGAGAAUUUUCUGGCCACGAUGGAAAGCGAUUCGAGAUCAGAAAAACAACAUAUAAUUCCUAUAGCAGAUCGAAGAGUAUCCCCGGCUGACUCGGACCAAUCAAAUGUAAGUAUAUAGUUACAUCAAAUUUCAACCUGUUUUCAAAAACAUUUUUGUCUGUUUUUCGUCUGACGCACAGAUUUUCUUUUGAUAGCUUCAUAUUUCAAGGAAUAGUUCUGAAAAAAAUGGAAAUUGACAAAGUAAAAAUUUAUUAACACCAAAAGAAACUAAAUUGAGCUCCAGGUUGGCUGACUGGCAUUUCAAAAACGAUCUGAAAUCAAGUAGCUUUUUAUUGGAUCUAAAAAAAGAAUUAUUUUUAGUAAAGAAAUUUCCUGAACAUGCAAAAUCAGACUCUAACGACUAAAGACUCAACGAUUUGUUGGUAGGUGUUUUUCGUUAACUUCCAACUUUUUUUUGUCUCUUUGAACAGAAUUUUCAUUUGGAACUACUAUCUCAAUCGUCAGACGAUUUGUUGAACACUUGUCGUAUCUGCAGAGAUGAAACUGUUCGUGGAUUGCUCGUCAGUCCUUGUCUCUGCUCAGGAACCUUAGGGAAGUGUCAUGUUCAGUGCCUGGAGGAAUGGCUUUCAAAGGCCAACAAAGACUCCUGUGAAAUUUGUGGCCAUGAGUUCCACGUUAGGAAACUCCCGAGGUCAUUUCAAGAGGUUCGUUUUAUCCUCUUGACAGAAAUCAUGUCACAAGUUUAGGCGUAGCCAGUGUAAAUUGGUUUUUAAUUUUAGAGUUUAUUGAAUGUAGUAUUUCAAACUGAAAUCAUCGCUGAUGAUAUCUAGAGACUUUAUUUGCAGCCAGAUGUUUUAUUCAAUUAAAAUAUUUUUAUUACAACUCAGAUGACAGGCGUUGAGCUCUAGCCUCUUCGUUGUUAAAGGAUAUUUUUUUUCGUUUACCACAAGCGCGUGGCUGAUGCGGUUUCUUCAUUAUAGGCGCGCUGCUCCCGAUCAAAAGGUUUGGGUUCUAGUCCUAACUAGGUUUUUUGUGUUAUGUUCUCAGGAAAGGUUCAUCUUCGCUCUUAAAAUGCCUCUGAGGUUCUCAAAUGCUAAUACUCUGGGAUAGCUACUAGUCCAAGGGCUAGAACGUGGUACAAAUUUUUUACCCAUAAAGAGAGUUAGUUUAUCACUAUUUACUUACGUACAGUUUUCCUGUGGAAGUAUGCAGAAUAUUAUAUCAAAUUAUUCGAUGGUAAAUUAAAAAGAAGAGUGUUGACUGGGAUGAAAGUCGCCGCGCAAGCACUUAUGGGACCGCUCAGGGGAAACGCUGGUCUGUCUGAAUUCCUUUUUGAACUUGUUAACCCAUUUUCCUUUCUAUUUUUCUUUUCAGUGGUUCACGAAAGGCCAAAGCCGCCGCGAGCGCCGUUAUCUCUGCGGAGACCUGAUUUGCUUUCUAAUCCUCAGCCCUCUGGUGUUUGCCAGCUCAUAUCUCUGUGCGCAAGGGGCAUGGCACUACAUGGCACUGACCGACACGUGGACUGGUGCGGGUUUGAUCGUGCUCAGUCUGUUUCUUUGGUGCAUCUAUGGAUUUUGGUUAAUUGUAACGCUGAGGUUCCAUCACAGAUGCUGGCAAGAUUGGAGAGAACGUAAUUAUAGAGUGAAACUUGUGAAAAUUGAAAUAGUUGACAUUAAGGAAAGAAGAAAAGACGAGGGUCUCUUGGAAACUUCUGUUUGA